AUGUCUGCAAUCAGUAUCAACUCCGUCUCUAUCGAUCCUAACGGGGAAAAGCGAUCUACGGAUGCUGUCAACACCGACUUUAUCUAUAUUCAGUCCACAGCCCCGCUCUCGCGUGAACAGAAAGCUGGGCUAGCAGAAGAUCAUAAUGUCCAAAUCCUUGAGCUCGUGGAACCCAAAUUGUACUUGUGCAAAUACGAGGGCAGCUCACUGGAUGGCAUCAGAGCCCUCCCUUUUGUGAAUGUCGCCAACUGCUAUCACAACGUCUUCAAGACCUCCCCCAUGGUGGCGAAUACUAUCAACUCUCUAGCAGAGGAUACUAAAGAGCCUUUGAAUCUCAUCUUGCACCGUGGGGUCAACGACACAGAAAGCAUCGUGGCUAAGGUCCGAGCGACUGACGGCGUCGACCUAGAAUCGCUGGAAGUAUCGGCUAAUGUGGUGUCUGUCAAGGCGUCGAAGCAGGCUAUGGAGGUUCUCAAGAGGAUCGACGGUGUUAGGACUGUGGGGCCACAAAUACCACAAUCCAUAGGUAACAAUGUAGCGACCUUAGAUAUCCACGCAACAACGUUCACUCACACUGAUAAGCUUUUCUCCGGCAAGGGUCAGAUAAUCCUGAUCAACGAUACUGGGUUUGAUAAGGGAAUCAAGUCCGACAUUCAUCCAGCAUUUGCGAAUCGCAUCGCCGCUCUGGGGGUCGUAGGCAGCGGUACUCAUACUCCAUUCGAUGCCAACGGCCAUGGUACGCAUGUCGCAGGUUCUGUCGCUGGUUUAGGUCAGUCUGACACAAUGGGAAACACAAUCUGCGGUUCGGCCCCUGGAUCUACUCUGGUAAUUCAAUCAAUGAUCGAUGCAAAGGGUUCGUUUGGACCUCCCAACGAUUACGAGAAGAUCCUGAAGCCAUCUUAUGAGAAUGACUCCGUUAGGAUCUCGAACAACUCGUGGGGUCAGAACUGGGACGCUAUGGGUUAUCAGGUACCAUACUUACAGAAUACAUACGCCGACACCUUAGAUACCUUUGUAUGGGCUCACCCAGAGAUGGUGGUGUGUGUCGCGGCCGGCAACGCAGGGAGAAGUGCGAACGGUCCUCACAUCAGUGGUGCUGCUGCUGCCAAAAAUGGGAUAACCGUCGGGGCUACCUUUUCGUCAAGACCAAUUGACCCCGCCAAGUUCAAAUACGACCCCGCCAGCGUUGUGGUCAGCGAUUUGACGACAGCGGCAGCCUUCUCCAGCAAAGGUCCAACUUACGAGCAGCGCGUGAAGCCGGAUGUGGCAGCUCCAGGAGUUGCCAUCUUGUCAACAGCAAGUCGCCACGAUGACUUUCUCAAGAAAACGCACACAGAUUUUGGUGACAGCACCGACCCUCUCUACUUCUUCCUCUCCGGAACCAGUCAAGCGACCCCGCUUGUCACAGGAUGCUGUGCCGUGAUCCGCGAGAUGCUGCUGGCGAAUGGACAAGGUGAGCCCAGUGCCGCCGCCAUCAAAGCAUGUCUCAUAAACGGCGCUUUAUCACACGGUGAGACACAUACGGAUGGCAGCAACGCAACAGUCCAGCCGGAUGGACUAAUUGGAUGGGGUCGAGUAGAUCUCGAUCAUGCCAUCAAGAUACCAGGGAAGACUUAUGAGGACGACGUUGCCGAUGAACAGCAGGGACUCCAAGAAGGAAAGUCAUGGGACAUCACCCUGCCAAAUGCCAGCGGUAGGAAAAAUCUGAAGGUCACCCUCGUAUGGACGGACCCACCUGGAGCUUUGAUUCAAAAUCCACUGGGUCUCACCGUUUUUGAUGAUACCGUGCCCCAGUCCCCGAUUCUUCUUGGUAGUGGUUUUGGCACCGCUAACCAGAGGCCGGAGAAUAACGUGCAGCAAGUUAUUCUGCAUGAUCUCAAAGCGAACCAGCACAUUCGCAUGCACAUCGCCGCAGAUUGGGACUUUGCUAUCGCGGUCAGUCAGCCAUACGCUCUUGCAUGGUCUCUUUUUGACUAG